CUCUUACGUAUCGGCUAUGAUAGGAUGACAUUGGCUGAGAAGCCCAGCCCACUUUCACUUUCUCCUGUUUCGUCCACAUCUAUCCCCCUCUCUCCACAUCAUUAACCAUUCAAACCAGGUAGAGCAGCGGAAGCCAACCCACGUCUGCCGGUCGUCCCUUUCCGCUGCAAUUUGUGUGUGUGAGCGCAGCGAGCUAACGAGGAUUGUGUGAGUCCUCGCCAAGGAUUAGCGGGGUUGGUUCGUCCUCAGUAACAUUAGAGACAGUGUCGCGGCAGCUGCAGUUAAAUCAAAGGCUUUAGCUCGCUUUGUUGGAUGGUAACCGUUUAAUAUCCCUCUCUCUCCACUGUAAUAGCUGCUGUCAAUGCAGCUGAAGACUCGCCUUUUCGUCGCAUAGGUUACACGAGGACAUUGGGGGUUUAAUUUUUCCGAACGGAAUUAUAAAUGUCGGACCUCGUCAGAAUGAUGCACUGAAGAAGGAAUAGGCUACGUGCAAGCGUCUGUCCAGAGGCUGCAGUAUAGCUGAGGGAUUGCGGUGCAAAGGUUUUUUUACGGUUUCACCGUCUAACAUCAGUGGUUGGCUAUAAAGGGAGAAUCGUGAAUCUCGAUCCCCCUGCGCUCGGCGGAGACAUAAUGGCCACUCUACUGCGUAAAAUCGGUCUGAUUCGUCUUCACGACCGGGACACAGAGGACCCCAAGCAUCACCAGGGCUCGCUAAAGGGGACCAAGGGAAACACCAAGAACAACGCCAAGCAGCACUCUCAGACCACCAACGAGACCAACAACCUCCUCAGCACCCCCGAGAUAAAAGCGAAGAAGCUGGAUCAGCACAGCAGCAAGGACAAACCGUCCGUAAAGGAUAAGCAACAGGCCAAGGACACCAAGGAGAAACAGCAGAUGGGAGGCGGAGGAGGAGGAGGUGGGAUCGGGGUUGGGAAAUCAGCGACCAGUGGCUCGAUACCACCACUAGCCCCUCACCGGCAGCACUGCACCCAAGUCCGGACGAGAAGACUCAUGAAGGAACUCCAGGAGAUCCGGCGGUUGGGAGACAACUUUAUAACGGUCGAGCUGGUCGACGACAACCUAUUUGACUGGAACGUCAAGCUCCACCAGGUAGACAAAGACUCGGCGCUGUGGCAGGACAUGAAAGAAACGAACACCGAGUUCAUACUGUUGAAUGUCUCUUUCCCCGACAAUUUCCCCUUCUCCCCGCCUUUCAUGCGGGUGCUCACUCCCCGGUUGGAAAACGGGUACGUGCUGGAUGGCGGAGCGAUAUGUAUGGAGCUGUUAACCCCCCGCGGAUGGUCCAGCGCCUACACAGUGGAAGCCGUGAUGAGGCAAUUUGCCGCAAGUCUCGUAAAAGGACAGGGGCGUAUCUGCAGGAAAGCAGGGAAGUCCAAGAAGGCUUUUAGCCGCAAAGAGGCAGAGGCCACCUUUAAGAGUCUGGUGAAGACCCACGAGAAGUACGGCUGGGUCUCCCCCCCUGUGUCUGACGGCUGAGGAAAGAGGUUGGCCAUGACGCUAGUUAGCCAUGCUAACCACGACACACCACGCUAAUUCAACUCCUCCUCCUUCUUGACACUACAGCUCCACCGCUCCAGUUGUUUUGUUUUUAGUUUUUGUUGUUUCAAUCACCUCACUGAAACUCUUCAGAAAAAUGAACAAACGAACGCUCGUCAUCGAGGUCUACUUUUUCACUUUGCCGAUCAUUGCCAUCAUCAAGUCGUCAUUUCUCCACAUCCCUCCAGCGCUGCACUCCUCUGUCCCUCGUUCCCUCCCUCCUUCACUUUCUCUUUCUCUCCCUUCGGCUGAGUAGAGGGUUCAGAGUGAGGUGUGUCUGUCAGUGGAGGGUGUGUCAGUGGAGUAUGUGUCACAGCGGGCCAUGGAUUGGGUUUCCGACACACACACACCCACACACACUGAGGGACAUUCAGACAGACUGUGUGUGGAUCUACGGGUAAAGACUGUGAAAGACUACUGCGAAGAGGGCGAUGUAUUCUCCUCUCCAACCUUUACCCCACCUUCCCUGCUCACCUUCCCUCCUCUUCUCCUCUCAUCCUUCUCUCCAACCUUAACCCACCUUCCCUGCUCACCUUCCCUCCUCUUCUCUUCAUCCUUCUCUCCAACCUUUACCC